UUCUUCUUACUUUUCAUUGACUUGCACGUUUUGCACCAAGGCGACUUGAGGGGUCCUGGAACUCGGUAUACUGAAGUGCGCUAACUGUCAACAUAAUUGUCAAAUUUGAAACACGAGGAUGGGAGUCAUGUUUGACAUCAGGCACUUGAGUGUCUCAAACCAGGUGUUGUGACAGUUGCUGCGACUGGUGGGUGUUGUUUUUAGACGCAAAUGAGUAAUCCAGGGCCCCUUCCCCCAUUUUUUCAAAACUCACAAUGGUGUGGAGUGGUUGUCACAGAGGUUUGAUCCACAGUGCAUGUACAAUGUUUUAUUUGCUUGUAUACUGACACUAUUAAAAAGGUUGCACAAGUUGGUUUUGUCUGAAAGAUUUGUUACAGCUGGUGUUAUGUUAUCCCAGAGCUUUGUUUUUAUAUAGUUUUAAUCUUUUUUUUAAUUUGUAGCACAAUAAAUGACAAGCGGGUUGGUUGACUUUUUUUGUAGGUGUUUUGAUGAAAUGUAACAAGGCGUUUGGUUUUAUUUCAUAACUCAACUGGUUUCACAUUGAAAUGUUGAAAUGUCUGUUUUAAUGCCAUAACUGUUGGCAAUGUUUGGCAAGUAUGAGAAUUAUUUUUGGAAAAGAACUAUUAAUUUUACUAUGCAUAUUGGUUUUUCAAGUCAAGCAAAGAGCUCACUAAUACUUUUUUUUUUCUCCAAAUUGGGAAUGGAUAAAUGCCUUAAUUUCCAUUCAUGACCAUUUUGUGGCUUAGAAAGUUGUGAAUCCUAAUGCCUCCACAAAAGUAUUUUAAAAAGUAACAGUGUACACCAGAUCUCAAAUUUAACAUCUGAAUUUUUCACUGCAUGGUGUGGAUAACUUGGGCACCUUUUUUCCACCUUACUUCACUGCAAAAAUAUACACAUUUACAUUUUAUUUGUCAUUGGGAAAAUAACUAAUUUACCUUAUUUGAUGGCCGCAGCCCCUCCGGCUUCAGGAGUUGAGAAUCCUCCAGACUCCAUUUCUUCGCUGGCCGUCUCAGCUGGCAAUCAGCCUAAUGCUGAGAAACCUAAUGGCUUAGCUAUAACACAAAACACAGAUGAUCAAAAAGUUGCAAAAACUGCAGCAAAAGCAGUUGAGCAAGGUGUUGGUGUUUCUCAGGAUCCUCCUGUUACAUUGGGUGAGGGAAUAAGCGAAGAACUGGCGACACCUGAACAGUCAGCUGCGAAUAAGUCUGUGGGGGAGGUGGCAUCCGAAGAUAAACCUCCAACUCUGAUAGUAAAAAACGAUGACCAAAAAUCACCGGUCUGUGGAGAGCCUGUUGAAGAAACGAGCCAUGAAGUCCCAAAAACCGAAGUUAUUGCUGGAAAGAGCUGUUCAGAAAUUCAAAAUGAAAAUUGUGACAAAGGGUCAGUUAUUCACCUCGCCAAGGCCAGUCAAUUGAAGACCCAAAAAUGUGAAGGUCAGCCAUCAUCCACCCACACUGGUUCAGCUUCUUCCCAGAAUCCUCAGGCAGCUUCUGGCACUGCUAAGCCAAAGGGCAAAGAUAACAAGGGCGCUCAGGGCGCUUCUGCCCCAAAGGCUGUCCCUGGCAGAAGGAAACGCUCUUCAAUGUCUGCCUCUUCUUCAUCUCCUACCUCACCUAAAUCUACUCCUUCCUCUACUCCCCUGUCACCUCCGCUGUCUCCCUUGGCAUCGUCACCCUCUAACCAAGCUUGCCAUUCAAAUCCAAAAGUUGUUAAAGCUGGUAAACAGAGCAAUCCAAAGAAAGUGGAGGCCUUUGUGCCGUCACCUGUGCCGGUUCAGGUUGAAUCAAAACCUCAAUCUGUGUGCAGUCCUUCCUCUGAUGACCUAAAACCCACUUCACCAGCUGCAGUAAAGCCAACUGCAGCACCAACUGCUUUUAAAGUUACAUCUAAGGCUGCUGUAGCAGCUCCUGUUUCAUUUUCUGAUGCGAUUCCUUCAAGCCCUUUCAAACCAAAUGAGAAGUCAAGUCCUUUAAAACCUGCUUCAAUUCCUGCAGAUGAUGACCUCCCUCCUCUUAUCCCACCCCAGAGACCAGUGAAGGUGCAAAUUCAGACACCAGCUGAACCCAAGGUGUCAACCACAGUAAAGUCAUCUCCAGUACAGUGUGACAAAGCGUCAUCCAAGGACAAUGCUGCUCUGCCCGAGGCAGCUAAGCCUGCACCAAAGGAAAAGGCAGCUUCUGUUGAGGCAGCCAAGCCCGCCUCCAAGAACACAGUUGUUCCUGUUGAGGUAACCAAGCCUGCUCCAAAAGCUAAGACUGCUCCAGUUGAUGUAGCCAAACCUGCACCAAAGGAAAAGGCUGUUCCAGUUGAGGUGGCCAAGCCCGCACAAACGGAAAAGGCCGCUCCUGUUGAAGUGGCCAAGCCCGCACAGAAGGAAAAGGCCCCUGCAGUUGAGGCGGCCAAGCCCGCACCCAAGGAAAAGGCCGCCCCAGUUGAGGCAGCCAAGCCCGCACCCAAGGAAAAGGCCGCCCCAGUUGAGGCAGCCAAGCCCGCACCCAAGGAAAAGGCCGCCCCAGUUGAGGCAGCCAAGCCUGCACCCAAAGAAAAGGCCGCCCCAGUUGAGGCAGCCAAGCCUGCACCCAAAGAAAAGGCCGCCCCAGUUGAGGCAGCCAAGCCCGCACAGAAGGAAAAGGCCGCCCCAGUUGAGGCAGCCAAGCCUGCACCCAAAGAAAAGGCUGCUCUUGUUGAGCCGGCCAAGCCCGCACCCAAGGAAAAGGCCGCCCCAGUUGAGGCAGCCAAGCCCGCACCCAAGGAAAAGGCCGCCCCAGUUGAGGCAGCCAAGCCUGCACCCAAAGAAAAGGCCGCCCCAGUUGAGGCAGCCAAGCCCGCACAGAAGGAAAAGGCCGCCCCAGUUGAGGCAGCCAAGCCUGCACCCAAGGAAAAGGCCGCCCCAGUUGAGGCAGCCAAGCCUGCACCCAAGGAAAAGGCCGUCCCAGUUGAGGCAGCCAAGCCUGCACCCAAGGAAAAGGCCGUCCCAGUUGAGGCAGCCAAGCCUGCACCCAAGGAAAAGGCCGCCCCAGUUGAGGCGGCCAAGCCCGCACCCAAGGAAAAGGCCCCUGCAGUUGAGACGGCCAAGCCCGCACCCAAGGGAAAGGUCACCCCAGUUGAGGCAGCCAAGCCCGCAUCCAAAGAAAAGGCUGCUCUUGUUGAGCCGGCCAAGCCCGCACCCAAGGAAAAGGCUGCUCCUGUCGAGGCGGCCAAGCCCGCACCCAAGGAAAAGGCCGCUCCUGUCGAGGCGGCCAAGCCCGCACCCAAGGAAAAGGCCGCUCCAGUCGAGGCGGCCAAGCCCGCACCCAAGGAAAAGGGCGCUCCAGUCGAGGCGGCCAAGCCCGCACCCAAGGAAAAGGCCGCUCCUGUCGAGGCGGCCAAGCCCGCACCCAAGGAAAAGGCCGCUCCUGUCGAGGCGGCCAAGCCCGCACCCAAGGAAAAGGCCGCUCCUGUCGAGGCGGCCAAGCCCGCACCCAAGGAAAAGGCCGCUCCUGUCGAGGCGGCCAAGCCCGCACCCAAGGAAAAGGCCGCUCCUGUCGAGGCGGCCAAGCCCGCACCCAAGGAAAAGGCCGCUCCUGUCGAGGCGGCCAAGCCCGCACCCAAGGAAAAGGCCCCUGCAGUUGAGGCGGCCAAGCCCGCACCCAAAGAAAAGGCCCCUGCAGUUGAGGCGGCCAAGCCCGCACCCAAAGAAAAGGCCCCUGCAGUUGAGGCGGCCAAGCCCGCACCCAAAGAAAAGGCCGCUCCAGUUGAGGCGGCCAAGCCAGCACCCAAGGAAAAGGCCGCUCCAGUUGAGGCGGCCAAGCCAGCACCCAAGGAAAAGGCCGCUCCAGUUGAGGCGGCCAAGCCAGCACCCAAGGAAAAGGCCGCUUCAACAGGAGCGGCCAAGCCCGCACCAAAAGAAAAGGCCGUUCCUGUUGGGGCGGCCAAGCCCGCACCCAAGGAAAAGGCCGUUCCUGUUGAGACGGCUAAGCCCGCACACAAGGAAAAGGCCGCUCCAGUUGAAGCGGCCAAGCCCACCCCUAAAGAAAAGGCUUCACUUGUUGAGGCAGGCAAAGCUGCACCUGUUGAGGCAGGCAAAGCUGCACCUGUUGAGGCGGCCAAGCCCGCCCCCAAGGAGGCAAAGACUGCUACCAAUGUAGCCAAGUCGGUUGUUGAACCGGUUCCCCGUAAGCUCACGUUUGCAGAAGCAGUUGCCAAACCUGCUCCUGUUAAAUCUGAGAUUGAGGUAAAUGGUACAUCCAUGUCAGACACAGUUCCAACAUCCAAAUCUGCUAAAACCUCAACCAAGGUGGAUGAUGUCAUCAAGAAUGAUGAGGGUAUUUUCAAUUUUCUUUCCUUGUUUGUCAGUGUGACCUGGAAACUGCUACUGUGCUCGGUCCUACACAGCAUUCAACUUUUCAACUGCUUUUUUUCCCCCUCAGGGACAUUUUUUUAAUGACCGUUAGACGGUGCGUCUGUAAUCGUAAUCUACCUGGGUUUGCUCAAAUUUUAGGAAUCUUUUGAAAGAACCGCUGCUUUGAAUGUGAAUUUCAUAGUCAGUUCUGUGCUUUGUUCUGGAUCAAAUCACUAUUUGAAUGAUGAUGAAAUUGACACUUAUUUUCAGGAGUGACACAUCGCCACAGAAAACUAUUCAUGAUAAUCUAACAAACAUGAA